AUGGCUAUAGAACAUAGCAGAUAUGAAGUUGAUUCCCAGUGUUGUCGCUUCAGUGUUGACCCAGGACUCACUGGCUAUGAGGUCUUGCGGAAUCUCAUUGCACGAGCAUUUGAUCUAAAGGGUGAGUUCCAGACUUGCUACUUGGCUCGUGAUGACAGAUUUCCAGAAGCGUGUUGGGUCCCGAUGCUGUCUGAUUUUGAUUUGGAAAUGGCCUUUGUCAAGUCUUCGGACCCUUACCUUUUAGUAAAAGUGGAAAUCUUAUCCUCAAAUGGCACAUGGGAUGCUGUCACCAACAUGGACAUUCCAAAGCUUUCCUUACCUGAUCUUCCUCGAAAUAAUUAUUCAACUAAGCUCCCAGGAUUGUUUAAAGAAAAGAUGGAAAAGACUCUAUCUAUAGUACAGAAAGCCUUAAAUUGGAAUGAUGAGGCUGGUGAUGAAGCUUCUUGA